ACUGUUACUCUAAAUCUUUGUCGAUUUGAUGUGUUGCGUCCGUUUGCUGCCGUUGUUUCGUUUUCGGCUCUUUGUGGCACUGAAAGCAAUGCUCACAACGAAUGGAAAAAUCAGUAAGACCUGUGCACUGCAUGAUAUAGGUUCUGUUUUGUAGCGUGUGGCGAGCCAAACAGCGAUACAUUCGACAAACAAAUCAAAUGUUCGCUUUUUAUCAACAAAAAUUUGCAAAUAAAUGGCAAUUUAACCAGUUGACAGCAGAGGAACGAGACAUUCUAAAUGAAGAAAUCAAAACUAAUGAAAAUCACGCAAUAAAUUCGCAAAAAAAGACGAAUUUGAAUCGGAUCGAAAGGGUCGAUCAACAACGAGCAUACAUUUUGGAGGCAAAAUAUUUGGACCAAGUGUUGAACUGUGAAAGUGAUGAAUUGAUUGAGAAAAAGUUUGAAAGCAUCACAACAAAUCCACUAAAGCAAUGUGAAAUGUAACGAAACGCAAUAUAGACAGUAAAUUUCUGAAGAAAUGAUCGAAUAACGAAUGACUUGUGUACAAAACGUUUGAUCCAAAAGAGACAAGACAGUUUUGGUGAAUUGACAGUUGACUUAAGAGCCUGGGAAAUAGUGAAUAAAACAGGCAGAAAAACCACGAAAAAAUGUGAAUUGACAAAGCUGACAAUAAGAUUGAGUUCAGCUGAGAACAGAAGAUACUGAUGAAGACAGAAUCGUGACUUGUGUGAAAAGUGUCAAAGCCAAAAGACUAAGUGUUAACACUAAAGGUUUCAUUCGAAGUUCAAACAGCCAAGUUUCUAUCGAUAAAAUCAUAAGCCAGUGCACAGAUCUAAUUUCAAGUGUAAGAACUAAACUUUAAAAACAAUCAUACAGAUUUUGAAUCAAGCGACCAGUGUUUCGCUGUCAAAAUUAAGCCGAACCGAAUUUUUCUUUUAAAAGCCCAAGAUUUUUCACGAAAAGGAGACACGAAAAUAAAGCCAAACCGAAAGCUUUUCGUCUUAUUUUCGUUUCGUGCAUACAUUUUAUUUCGCUUCGGUUAAAUAAACGAUGCUAACAACAAUUGAACAUCUGGAUGGAAACAGUUGCUCAUCAUUCAAUGAUUGAAUCGAAAGCUGACAUGAUGGGAUUACAGGCGACAUCAACGAAACGUAAAUACGACCAAACCGGCCUAGACGGUGUCGAUGAUCACCAGAAGACGGAAAAUACAUGCAACGAAAAUGCAGAAAUACGAAACCAAUGCACACCAGCUAAGACAAGUCGAUGGUCAACCAUGCAAUUGCAAUCGACGAGCGUGUCCUCGUCACCAAACACAACAACGGCGACCACCACUUCCAAUGGAGCCAUUCCGAGUGCUGAAGAGAGUAUCGCCAAAUUGGAAGCCGUCGCAAUGGCACUACCAUCAAUGGUGAUGCCACUAAACAGUAAUAUCAAUGGUAACGUUGUCGAUGGCAACGUCGUGGACGGCAAUUCCAUUUGGAGAGAUUCGGAUAGUACGCGUUCAACGCUAGCCACAACGCUGUUGAGUUCCGAUUUGGAAGACGACGAUGACUUUGAAGAGGAUGAUUUUGAUGAAGAUGACAGUAUUAUACCAUGCUAUUCACCGCUGAGGUAUCCAUGCACAACGAAUAUGUCGAGGAAUGGUUAUAUGUCGGGUGGUGGUGCCUAUCAAAAGCCAAACUACUACUCCGAACCAUAUCCACAGCAGAAUUGCUCGCGAACACCGUACAAUGGUUCACAAUAUGGCAACCGAUCGCUUCCAAUGAGUCCACAUCCAUACGGAUGGUCUCAGCACAAUCCACAUCAUCCAAACUAUUAUGGGCCGUCGAUUGAAGUGGGCAGCGAGCAGCAAACAAUUCGAUGCGCUGAAAAUGGUAAAUCGUACCUGGAACUAGGCAGCAGCAAUUAUAUAAACGGCGAUAGCAGGCAUCUGAAACGGUGUUGUGAUGGUCGCAGCGGCAUGUGGUGCAAUAAUAAUAAGCAAUGCUACAGAGAACGAAGACUAAAAAUGCGCAAUCUCUCCAUGUUUAAGCUGUCAAGGUUUAGACAGAUCUCCGAACAAUCUCUGUACCGUUCUGUAUUGAUAUGCAAUACGCUAAAGUACAUCGAUCGCGAAAUUGAGCAAGAAAACAAAGAUUCGGCGAACCAACAGGCCGAAUUCCAUGCUCAACAUCACUAUACUCAAUUGCGUCUGGGCAACAAUAAUAAUAACAAUAACUCGUGCGGCGACAUGAUCCAACAAAUGCAGCAUCAUCCGCAGCAGCCACCGCCACCAAUGUCAUCGCCCGUUAACAAUCGCAAUCCAACGUGGACCAAUACAGUCGACAACAGCAAUUCACCCAGUGUGCAACAGCAACAGCAGCAACAGCAGCAGCAGCAGCAGCAGCAGCAGCAGCAACAACAAUCAAACAUGAGCGUUUUACAAGCGCAACAGCGGCAACAGCAGCAGCAACAGCCACCGCUGCCGCCACAAUCUCAACAAACGCAACACAUUCAACAGCAACAACAACAAACUCCGUAUUCAACCACAAGUGAUAUCAAUAGCAAUAAUUACCUUCAGCCAUACAAUCGAACACCAACACCGAUCGUCACAACAAUAGUGUCGUUCAAUGAAACCCUUCCGCCAUACGAUCAUCAUCCGUUGCGCGAUUGCAAUGGUCGAGCCACCCCAUACCCAGGCACCAGUCUACCCGAUACGGAUUCUGGCUACGGCGACGAAGAGAAACCCAUCAACUGGAGCAAUGUGCUGAGCCUAUCGUCACAAUCAGCGCUUGAUCCGUUGAUCAAUACAAAUACCGAGACAAAUACGAGUACAAAUGUUGAAACAACCACAAUUACUUCAUUGACGUCAUCCAGUUUGAGUCUUUCCUCACAAUCUUCGUCUUCGGUCACGACAACCGCCAGCCUAACACCACAAUUCACUAGCCUAACACCAGUCACACCAUCACUAACCAAUAUCACGCCAAGCCAACCAUCCACCUGGGAAUAUAAUUUCGAUAUGGAUCUCGGUCUUGGCGCCGAACUCACCGAAUUACUUCCCAUGGAACCGACGAAAAUUGUCGAAAACGAAAUGGACUCACUAACAGCGCUGAUGGUUGGCGGCAGCUAAUAAUUAAACCAGAAACGUCGCGAAACAAUUUGAUUUGAAUUCGAGUGGAUUGAAUUCGAAUCUUAACGGUUCGAGCGGUGCUUCUAAAGCAACGUUUCACCAAAACGGUUUCGUCAAUGAUUAAAGCGUGUGCCGUUCGCCGUGAGCUGUGGCACUCACUUACGAGUUGCUGCCAGCAAUUCUGUCGAUCUCCAUGAACAAAAUGAAUAAGAAAAGUAUUAACACAAGCAAACACAAUUGACCAAGAUCAAAAGCGGACAGAAUCGAACGGCCAGCAAUCAUUGACAAAUCCUGCUCAGGUUGUGAUGGCUGUGCUAUGAGUGUCUAUUCAAAAUGCAAUUCGCCCGAAAUCUCCCCGAUUCUUCGGGACGAAUUUGAUGUCGACAAAACAGAAAACUUUUAGUUGUUAUUUCUACUAGAUAAUAAUAAUGAACGCACAUUCUUCAAACGGGAUUUAAUUCAAAUGAAGAUUCAAGUCUCUCCUUCACCACAUGAAAAUGUAUCUCGUUUCGAAUUUCACACAGAUCUAAAUAUUAAACCACGGAUUUUGUUAAAUUUGUUGCAAAAAAAAAAAAAAUCAAAUUCUUUGUUACAAUCGCAAAAAAGAGAAAAUAUUUCUUGUUAUUUAUUUUGACAGAAAAUUUUUUCCGUUGUCUUAAGUUUUAAAUCGAUUUUUUUUUAGUUGGGAUUUUUUUUGUUCGUUAAACGUUGGACAUAAAUCUUGUCACUGAAUGCCAUUCGUUCCCGAUAGCGGGUCAGAACACUUCGAAUUCACUGCCGAUUUAUGUUUUUUAUGUUUGAAACGUUUACUAAUUGCUUUUAAGUCCACGACGAUUUUCCUAUGUUAGUUAAAAGCGCUAAACAAAUGCACAAACAUCACGAGCAUCUCUUUCUUUUGGAGAAAUGAUCGAAACAGUCUGUGAUGAUAUCACUAUGGAAAACAGACUUUGCACAGUUAAGAAAAACGCUUCCGAUCAACAAUGAGGGGGAAAAAGUGUUUGAAAUUAGAACGAAUCAUCACAUCGACUCACUUUUUGUUUGUGCAAAUGUUUACGAGACACGAAUUUAUUUGCUUUAAUUUUUUUUUAUCGAGGAGAAAUUAGUUUUUUCCUCCCCAGUUUCUUUUCGUACUGAAUGUGAGACGAGAGAGAGAGAGAGAGAGAGAGAGAGAAUAGAGAGAUAUUUGAGAAGUGUGUCCGAGACACGCUCACUUUUUACUAUGUGCCGCAUUAUUUUAGUAAUAACUGAACAAUCGACAUACAAAAUACACACACAUAAAACGUAAAGAGAAACAAAAAAUCCACAAUUAAUUUAUUUGCUAGAACGUUAAAUUGAAGCAUCCAGAAAUUAAGCAAACAAGUAAAAAACCCUAUGAAUUAAACUAAAAAUGAAAUUAUUAUUAAAACAAAAAAAACAACUAUUGUGUAUAUUAUAUUUUAUUUACAUUUUACUUCUAACUACUUAAUCAAUGUGCAAAUGUGCAUGCAUAAGGGACAGCUACUCAUAAAUUAUGUAACUUUUACUAUUUAGACAUAUUUCUUGUACAUAGCAUUGUCUUAUUGAGCAGUUUCAUUGUAAAUUCACUUGAAGAGAGAAAAACAAACAAACAAAAAUGGCGCAAGUCAAAAUUUACAAUUCACAACAAUAAAAUAAAGAAAAAAAAAAUCUUAAAAAUAAAAUCAAACUGGCAAUUUUCAUCUACUAUUCAAAAUGAUCAAUGACAACUUAGCAGAAACAAUUAUAUCGAUGAUACAAUUCGUUGCGCUUCUUUUCCUUUUUUCUAAAUAGCUCGAAUUUUAGACAAAAAUAAAACCUUAAAUUUAAAUAAAGCCCUAACUCAUCAAAAUGGUCACUAAAUAGUUCACAUUGACACAAAUUUCAAAUAGUGAAAAUUGAAACGAAAAAAAAAACAUAUUUUUUAUCAACAAAAUCACAAACGACGAACAAAUUACAAUUUAUAUAUUUACAAAUUUGAAACUAAAUUUAAAGUAAAACGUAAACAAAAUUAAAGUGAGACAAACAACAACAACAAAAA